UCACAAGCACAAGUGUGUUCUUCAUAUAAAUUAAAAAGUUUUAGACAAAAUUUAUGAUUUCAACGAAUUUUUUAGUUACUAACAAAAGAUUCGUGCAAUACACUGAAUAUAUACAGCCGAUGAGGAGAAGAACGCCAGACAAUUAAAGUGUAGGUUGGAGAGAGAAAAAACUAGUAGAAUUUCUAUUGAGUGUUGUUGGCGCUUGUGUGUACCAAGUUCCCGAGUUCCGAGCCGUGAAGAGUCAACGCUGCCGCAGCCAUCGUCGUCGCCAGCAGCUGCCUGUCAACGUUCAGCUUAUGGCAACUGUCAAAAUCAACUAUAGUUUUUAUUUUAAAGGUAUAAAGACAACUAAGGAGGCUGCAAUAACAAUAACAAAAACAAAAACAUAAACUGACAAGCUCAUAAUAAAAGCGGCAGUAAUAACAACAAUAGGCACAUCAGCAGCAAGGAAAAUCAGUAGCUGAAAAGUCAGUAAAGCAAAUAUUGCUAAACCAAACGGCGUUUAGCCGAUAAUAGUGCUUUGCAAGAACAAUUGCCACAUAAGAUGGACAUAGAAACAGAUCAGUCUAUAGAAGCAAUGGAUACCCAGGAUACCCAAGAGGUUGAAAUAACCACAAGCGACUUACAACAACAGCAGCAACUGCAACAGGAUCAAACAAAUUCGCCCCAAUUGCCGAAAUUCAAAAAUCUAAUGCAUUCACAAUUGCAGCAACAACAACAGCAACAACAACAACAACAGCAGCAGCAACAGCUGCCACCCAGUGAAAAUGGCAAUAUGCCGCCCCAGCAAUUACUAGCGGAGAGCAGCUCCACAUCGUUUGGCAAUGAGCAAGAAAUGACCAUGGAUGAUGAGACUAAAGAGGAUCAAUUCCGGUCAGAGACCACAUUCUCGUAUACCGUUGAGAAUGUGGGCCAGAUUAAGCAGCAGCAUCUCUCACCGCCCGUCUAUGUGCGCAUGCUGCCCUGGAAGAUAAUGGUUAUACCCAAUGACCGAGCAUUGGGCUUCUUUUUGCAGUGUAACGGUGAAAAUGAUUCACCCACCUGGUCAUGCAAUGCCAUCGCCGAAUUGCGUCUCAAAUGCCACAAGUCCGAUUUGCAGCCCUUCACACGCGCUAAAAUUAAACAUUUGUUCUACUCCAAAGAGAACGAUUAUGGCUAUUCGAAUUUUAUUACCUGGCAGGAGCUACAGGAUCCGGAUAAAUCCUAUGUGCACAACGGUUCCAUCACAUUGGAGGUCCACGUCAUUGCCGAUGCACCGCAUGGCGUGCUCUGGGACUCAAAGAAGCAUACAGGCUAUGUGGGCUUGAAAAAUCAAGGCGCCACCUGCUACAUGAACUCCCUGCUGCAAACUCUGUACUUUACCAAUUCACUGCGUCUUGCUGUCUAUCGCAUACCCACUGAGGCUGACGAUAGCACCAAGUCGGUGGGCUUGUCUCUGCAGCGUGUCUUCCAUGAGCUGCAAUUCGGCGAUCGUCCCGUCGGCACCAAGAAGCUAACCAAAUCCUUUGGCUGGGAGACUCUCGAUUCGUUCAUGCAACACGAUGUGCAGGAGUUUCUCCGCGUUCUUCUCGACAAGCUCGAGUCAAAGAUGAAGGGCACUUGCCUCGAGGGCACCAUACCGGGUCUCUUCGAGGGCAAAAUGUCAUCGUACAUCAAAUGCAAGAAUGUUGAUUACAACAGCACACGCUACGAGACCUUCUACGAUAUUCAGCUAAAUAUCAAAGACAAGAAAAAUAUCUUCGACUCCUUCCAGGAUUAUGUGGCAUCCGAAACGCUUGAGGGUGACAACAAAUAUGAUGCCGGCGUUCAUGGAUUGCAGGAGGCGAGCAAGGGCGUCAUAUUCACAUCAUUCCCGCCAGUGCUGCAUUUGCAUUUGAUGCGUUUCCAAUAUGAUCCGAUCACAGACAGUUCCAUUAAAUAUAAUGAUCGCUUCGAGUUCUAUGAGAAUAUCAAUUUGGAUCGCUAUCUGGCGGAGCGUGAGAAGACACCGGCGGACUAUGUGCUCCAUGCAGUGCUUGUGCAUUCGGGCGAUAAUCAUGGCGGUCACUAUGUGGUCUUCAUCAAUCCCAAGGCCGAUGGUCGCUGGUUCAAGUUUGAUGACGACGUGGUGUCCAGUUGCCGGAAGCAGGAGGCCAUUGAGCAGAAUUAUGGCGGCAUGGAUGAUGAGAUCUCAUUCCAUGCCAAAUGCAGCAAUGCCUAUAUGCUCGUCUAUAUACGAGAAUCGGAGCUGGAUCGUGUGCUGGGCGAUAUACCGGAAACUGAGAUCUCCAGCGAUCUGGUGGAGCGUCUCGAUCUGGAGAAGCGCAUUGAAAUGGCGCGACGCAAGGAGCGCAGCGAGGCGAAUCUAUAUAUGAACAUACAUGUUAUACUCGAGGAGUACUUUGAGUCGCAGCAGAAGCGACGUCUAUUCGACUUGGAGAAAACCCAUCAGCGCCCAUUUAAACUAAAGAAUAAUCAAACUGUCAAUGAGAUGGUCGAGAUGCUGGUCAAGGCAUUCGGAGUGCCACGCGACCGCAUGCGCAUGUGGAACAUGUGCACGGCCCAAACGCAAAAGUUCCUGCAUUUUGAUUUCGAGGCAGAGGCAACACGCACUUUGGAGCAGAUACCGCCGCCGCAAAAGCCCUGGGUCAUCUUCCUGGAGCUCGCCUCGCCGGAGAGCACAGCAGCAUUGCUACCAUUCAAUCCCAAAACGGAUGUGCUGCUCUUUCUCAAGUAUUAUGAUGCGCGCAACAAGCGCUUGAACUACAUUGGCUGCACCCAGCAGCCGCUGAGUCGUCGCUUGGGCGAAUUGGUGCCCGAAAUCAAUCGCAAAUUGGGCUUCGAGGAGGACACUGAGCUGACGGUGUUCGAUGAGUAUGCCGACAAGAAGAUCGGCAAUUUGAAUGAGCCCAUUGAGAAUGUGCUCUAUAUAACGCAGGAUCAUCUCCAAGGUCCUAUUUUGAUAUUCGAACGCGACAAUGUGGAUAUGAAAUUGGAUUUGCCCACCGUUGAGGAUUACUUCCUGGAUCUGGUAUAUCGCAUUGAGAUUAUAUUCACCGACAAAUGCAAUGCCAACGAGCCCGACUUUACACUUGAGCUAUCCAAUCGCUAUAACUACGAUCAGCUAAGCAAUGCCGUUGCCGAGCGUCUCAACACAGAUCCACAGAAGCUACAAUUCUUCAUGGGCAUCAAUAACUACAAGGAAACAGCGGGCAAUGCAGUGCCCUAUACAUUCAAAGGCACCAUUAAGGAUCUGCUAUCCUAUACCAAGCAAAGCACACCAAAGCGCAUUUACUAUCAGCGCUUGUCGCUGAGCCUACAUGAGCUAGACAACAAGAAGCUGUUCAAGUGCAUUUGGGUAUCGCAUGAUUUGAAGGAGGAGAAGGAGCUGGUGCUGUAUCCGAAUAAGAAUGACAAUGUCAAGGGUUUGCUGGAUGAGGCGGCCAAGACGAUAUCAUUUGCCGAGAAUAGCCGCCGAAAGUUGCGUCUGAUGAAGGUGGGCAAUCAUAAGAUAAUGGCCGUAUGCAAGGAUGACAUACCGCUGGAGACGCUCAUAAGGACAAAUGAGUCCAUCACCACUACGCAGGGCACACAAAAGAUUUUCCGCAUCGAAGAGAUUGGGCCCGACGAGAUGCACAUUGGCGAGAACGAGAUGCUAGUGCCGUGUGCUCACUACAGCAAGGAGCUAUACAAUUCGUUUGGUACGCCAUUCCUAGCCAAGGCACGCCAUGGCGAACCCUAUGGCGCCUUCAAGCAGCGCAUACAGAAGCGUCUCUGUGUGCCCGAGAAGGAGUGGGAGAACUACAAGUUCACGAUUAUCUCAGUGGGACAGAAUGUGGACAUCAACGAUAACACACCCGUCGAUCUGGAGGUAUAUCGCUCAUGGACUGGCGGCCAGUUGCCGUUCUUUGGGCUCGAUCACAUUAACAAGUCGCGCAAGCGCAGCUCACUCAACUUCUCUGAGAAGGCAAUCAAAAUUUACAACUAAUCGAAGAGAGAGAGGAGAGAGCAGCGAACGCAGCAGCGCAGCAAACAGAGUGCAACUAAAUGUGAGUGCACACUAUGUAUGUGUGUGAGUGUGAGUGC